GUUAUUCGGCAUCAAGUGCGCCAGAUGCAAUGUGAACUUCAGUAAGAGUGAUUUUGUAAUGCGUGCCAGGAACAAAAUCUACCACAUCGAGUGCUUUCGUUGCGUCACUUGUACGCGACAAUUGCUACCGGGCGACGAAUUCGCCCUAAGGGACGAUGGACUUUUCUGCAAAGCUGACAACGACUGUACGAUUGUCGAGAAGAAAAUCACACCCAACGGUCACACGACUAACGGCCAGCAUUCCCCGCACAAUGGUACCACAAACGGAACGUCCCUACAGAUGGCAGCGAAUGCAGAGUCUAUGCAGACGAAUAGGAAUCGGGACUCGGUGAGGCCGCAGGUGCACAAGCAGAGCUCGGACCACAAACCGACACGGGUUCGGACCGUCCUGAACGAGAAGCAGCUGCAUACGUUGCGCACUUGCUAUGCUGCCAACCCCCGACCAGACGCCCUCAUGAAAGAACAGUUAGUGGAAAUGACGGGACUUAGUCCGCGUGUGAUCAGGGUGUGGUUUCAGAACAAGAGGUGCAAAGACAAAAAGAAAAGCAUCAUGAUGAAACAGAUGCAACAGCAAGAAAAA